AUGUCUACGUCACUUGAAAAUCUCGAAACUCAACUUGAGAUGUUCAUAGAAAAUGUAAGACAAAUACGUAUUAUUGUAAGUGAUUUUCAACCGCAGGGACAAAGUGUUUUAAAUCAAAAAAUUCAAUCGUUAGUCACAGGACUACAGGAGGUGGAUAAGUUAAAAGCUCAAGUGCAUGAUAUUUUAGUACCUACUGAAGUUUUUGAUUAUAUUGACCAAGGAAGAAAUCCUCAACUGUAUACAAAAGAUUGCAUUGACAAAGCGCUUGCAAAAAAUGAAGAAGUGAAAGGAAAAAUUGAUUCCUACAAAAGAUUUAAAAGUCACUUACUUUCUGAAUUAUCCAAAACCUUUCCUAAUGAAAUUACUAAAUAUAAGGCUCUUAGAGGUGGAGAA